AUGGCUUCCACAUUCUCACCCCUCAUUACUGUCUUCCUCUUCCUCAUCCUUUUGGGUGUCGUCCGGCACACCGGGGAGGCACGUGACCCAUUCGCAUGUGACCCAAAAGAUAGCACCGCAAAGAACAUGCCAUUUUGCAAGGUGUCAUUGGCGAUACCGGAGAGGGUGAAGGACCUCAUUGGAAGGUUGACACUACAAGAGAAGGUUAACAUGCUAGUGAAUAGUGCCGCGGCGGUUCCAAGGCUUGGGAUCAAAGGCUAUGAGUGGUGGUCUGAGGCACUCCAUGGGGUUUCAAAUGUGGGCCCUGGAACCAAGUUUGGACCCCAGUUUCCUGGCGCUACUAGCUUCCCUCAAGUCAUCACAACCGCUGCUACCUUCAAUGUAACUUUGUGGGAGGCAAUCGGACGGGUUGUAUCGGAUGAAGCGAGGGCAAUGUACAACGGAGGAACAGCUGGGCUAACUUAUUGGAGCCCAAACGUGAACAUUUUCAGGGACCCACGGUGGGGCCGUGGACAGGAAACUCCCGGUGAGGAUCCUGUGCUAGCCGGUAGAUAUGCUGCUAGUUACGUGAAGGGGCUACAGGGAACGGACGGUAACCGGUUGAAGGUGGCUGCUUGUUGCAAACACUUUACCGCUUAUGACCUCGAUAAUUGGAACGGCGUGGAUCGCUUCCACUUUAACGCACAGGUUAGUAAGCAGGACGUAGAGGACACAUUCGAUGUGCCAUUCAGGAUGUGUGUGAUGGAAGGUAAAGUAGCGAGUGUAAUGUGUUCGUACAAUCAGGUCAAUGGGGUCCCUACCUGUGCGGACCCCAACCUCCUAAAGAGAACAGUACGUGGGGUGUGGGGUCUUGAUGGGUACAUUGUAGCAGACUGUGACUCUGUAGGGGUGUUUUACAGUAACCAACAUUAUACAUCAACGCCAGAAGCAGCUGCUGCCGAUGCCAUUAAAGCAGGUUUGGAUUUAGACUGUGGGCCUUUUCUUGGAUUGCACACGCAGGAUGCGGUCAAAAAAGGCUUGUUAAGCGAAGCUGAUGUGAAUGGUGCUUUGGUGAAUACACUAGCAGUCCAAAUGAGGUUAGGGAUGUUUGAUGGAGAACCAUCAGCUCAUGCAUAUGGCAACUUGGGUCCAAGAGAUGUAUGCAAACCGGCUCACAAAGAGCUCGCCCUUGAAGCUGCCAGACAAGGAAUAGUGCUCCUUAAGAACAGUGGUCCCAAUUUGCCUCUCUCCCCACAGCGUCACCGCACCGUGGCUGUUAUUGGGCCCAAUUCUGAUGUCACUGUUACAAUGAUUGGAAACUAUGCAGGUAUUGCUUGUGGAUAUACCACCCCAUUACAAGGAAUAGGAAGAUAUGCCAGGAUUAUUCAUCAGCGGGGCUGUGAAAAUGUAGCUUGUGCUGAUGACAAGGAUUUUGGGCCUGCUGUAGAUGCAGCCCGUCAAGCAGAUGCAACCAUUCUAGUGAUGGGGUUGGACCAAUCUAUCGAAGCUGAAACUGUGGACAGGGUUGGCUUGCUUUUACCUGGGCGUCAACAAGAUCUUGUUUCAAAGGUGGCAGCUUCCUCAAGGGGACCAACUAUUUUGGUCUUGAUGUCUGGUGGGCCUAUGGAUAUUACGUUUGCAAAGAAUAAUAAUCGAGUUGUUGGCAUCUUGUGGGCUGGUUAUCCGGGCCAAGAAGGUGGUGCUGCCAUUGCAGAUAUACUGUUUGGAACCACAAACCCAGGAGGGAAACUACCUGUGACAUGGUACCCACAAGAGUACCUAAAAAACCUGCCAAUGACAAAUAUGGCAAUGCGACCAAGCGGAUCAGCAGCAGGGUACCCAGGAAGAACGUAUCGAUUCUAUAAGGGUCCAGUGGUGUAUCCAUUUGGACACGGAUUAACUUACACCCAUUUUGUUCAUACAUUAGCUACUGCGCCCACAGUGGUGUCAGUUCCCUUGAAUGGCCACCGCCGUACCAAUAGCACCAACUUUUCAAACAAGGCAAUUAGAGUGACACAUGCACGAUGUGGAAAGCUCUCCAUAACCCUUCAGGUAGACGUUAAAAAUGUGGGCUCCAAAGACGGCACUCACACAUUGUUAGUGUUCUCUGCUCCGCCUGCAGGGGGUGGCCAAUGGGGACUACAGAAGCAACUGGUGGCUUUUGAGAAAGUUCAUGUUCCUGCAAAGGCUCAGCAGAGAGUCAGAGUCAAUAUUCAUGUCUGCAAGCUCCUAAGUGUAGUGGACAGGUCUGGGAUUAGGAGAAUCCCAAUGGGGGAUCACAGUCUUCACAUUGGCGAUGUUAAACACUCCGUAUCACUUCAAGCAGCAACACUUGGGAUUAUCAAGUCCUGAAUUUUUAAUCCAA